AUGAAGCUCCUCAUGCCUAUCUUUGCCAGCCUCAUGCUACAUUGCCAGGUGAACGCAGAAUACUUCGGCUCGAGAAAAUGUUUAAUGAGUUUGGGGAGAUGCAAAGACCACUGCGCUGUGGAUGAAAAAGAGGUACAGAAAUGCAAGAAGAAAAAAUGUUGCAUUGGACCAAAAGUGGUUCAAAUGAUAAAAAACUACCUGCAAAAUGCAAUGCCCCAUACACCUGAAGAGGAUUUCCAAAAAUGGCCAAAAACUACCACCAAGAAUUCUAGGGCUAUGAAACAAACAAAAUAUCAUAUUUUAUCUCUCUCCCCCAAUACCAAAAGCCCUUUUGCUGACAUCAACACCAUCAUCAUCUCAAAUGCCAGCACUGUGAACUCUGCCACCUCCAAUGCCACGACCUCAGGAAAGAUUACAUACCCUGCUACUUCUACGAAGAGUGACACCAAAAAAAGCAGAGGUUCAGCCACUGACUUCCCCUCACCAUCACCACCACCAUGGACACUGCGGACACCAUAA